GCGGCUGCCACGUAGGGACUCACCUGCUUAAAGGCGGGCAGGUGGCGCAGGUGCAAAGAUGGGGUUCUUCACGUUCAUCAAGGUCAUGAUGAUCCUCUUCAACCUGACCAUCUUUCUCGGUGGUGCGGUUCUGCUAGGAGUUGGAAUCUGGGUCGUAGUGGAUGAAGAUUCCUUCUUAAAAAUAUUUGGGGCGAUUUCCACGAGCCUCCUGCAGGUUGUGAAUGUGAGCUACUUCCUCAUUGUCAUCGGUGCCAUCCUGCUGAUCAUUGGCUUCCUGGGGUGCUGUGGAGCCCAGAAGGAGAGCAAGUGUCUCCUGAUGUUGUUCUUCACAGUGGUGCUGAUCAUCUUCAUUGCUGAAGUCGCCGCUGCCGUGGUAGCUCUUGUCUACACCGGUCUCGCAGAAACGCUGCUGACAGCUACAGUGGCUCCUCUGUUGAAGGACAAGUUUGGGAAGGACGAAAGCCUUACGCAGAUCUGGAACGUCACCAUGAAUGAGCUCCAUUGCUGCGGCUUAAAUAACUACACAGACCUCACCGAGUCCCCUUGGCUUCAGAAGUACAAAUCUUACCCUGCGCCCUGUUGCUCUGGAAAGCAACCAUGCAAUGAGACCCUUGCUGAGGAAAGCGACGUCCCGGGCUGUUUUCAACAGCUCCUGACCGAGAUCAGGAAGAACGCAGGCGUGGUGGGUGGUGUGGCAGCCGGCAUCGCGGUCUUGGAGCUCGCCUCGAUGUCAGUUGCCAUGUACCUGUACUGCCGCCUGGAUGAGAAGUGA